CACCCCGGCAUCCUGAGGGCGCUUUGUGUCCGUGCUGCUGCCGGUUAUUUUUCUCUUCUCCCCGGCUUUACGCCCCCUCCCCCAUGCCAGAAGGCUCCUACGCCCCGCGUUAUGACAGCGAUGUUGGUGUGGGCUGUGCUUUGUGUGGUCGCGUUCCACACAGGCCUGCCUGACCUCCAGAAGAGACUUUCUGGGAUGAGAAGACCACGACCACGAUGAGGAGGCCGGGUCGGUUCAGGGGCUCCGAGAAACCACUGGAGCCAUGGCGACUCCCUCUGCUGCCUUUGAGGCUCUUAUGAAUGGAGUGACAAGCUGGGAUCUCCCUGAAGAUGCCAUCCCAUGUGAACUGCUUCUUAUUGGGGAGGCCUCAUUUCCUGUGAUGGUGAAUGACAUGGGCCAGGUCCUCAUUGCUGCUUCCUCCUACGGUCGAGGCCGCCUGGUGGUCUUAUCCCAUGAAGACUACUUGGUGGAAACCCAGCUCUCUCCCUUUCUUGUCAAUGCUGUAGGGUGGCUUUGUUCUUCUCCUGGGGCUCCCAUUGGUAUACACCCAUCCCUGGCACCUUUGGUCAAAGUCUUCGAGGGUGUUGGAAUAGAGGCGAAGAUUGAGCCAGAAGUAAAUGACUCCCUGGGGGUUUACUGUAUCGAUGCCUACAAUGAAACCAUGACUGAAAAGCUGGUCCAGUUUAUGAAGCGUGGAGGAGGCUUGCUCAUGGGAGGCCAGGCCUGGGACUGGGCCAACCAAGGUGAUGAUGAAAGGGUUCUAUUCACAUUCCCUGGGAACCUGGUGACCAGUGUGGCAGGCGUGUACUUCACUGACAACAAAGGAGACACCAGUUUCUUUAAAGUCUCUAAGAAGAUGCCCAAGAUCCCAGUCUUAGUUAGUUGUGAAGAUGACCUGUCUGAGGACAGAGACGAGCUCCUGCAUGGGAUUUCAGAGCUGGACAUCAGCAACUCGGAUUGCUUCCCAUCCCAGCUGCUAGUUCAUGGGGCUUUAGCCUUUCCUCUGGGCUUAGAUUCCUACCAUGGCUGUGUUAUAGCGGCUGCCCGCUACGGCCGAGGCCGAGUGGUUGUGACUGGCCAUAAAGUAUUAUUCACCGUGGGGAAACUGGGCCCCUUUCUGCUCAAUGCUGUUCGCUGGCUGGAUGGGGGCCGAAGAGGCAAGAUCGUGGUGCAGACUGAGUUGAGAACUCUGAGCGGCCUGCUUGCCGUGGGGGGCAUAGACACCAGCAUCGAGCCCCAUCUGACCAGCGAUGCGAGUGUCUAUUGCUUUGAACCUGUGAGUGAUGUGGCGGUCAAAGAGCUGCAGGAGUUUGUAGCAGAGGGAGGUGGGUUAUUCGUUGGAGCCCAAGCUUGGUGGUGGGCAUUCAAGAACCCUGGAGUGUCCCCUCUGGCUCGAUUCCCAGGAAACCUCCUUCUCAACCCCUUUGGCAUCAGCAUCACAAGCCAAAGCCUCAAUCCUGGGCCCUUCCGUACCCCUAAAGCUGGGAUAAGGACCUACCACUUCCGCUCCACCCUGGCCGAGUUCCAGGUUAUCAUGGGCCGCAAGAGAGGUAACGUGGAGAAGGGCUGGCUGGCAAAGCUGGGACCUGAUGGUGCAGCAUUCCUGCAGAUCCCCGCGGAGGAGAUCCCGGCCUACAUGUCGGUGCAUCGGCUUCUACGGAAGCUGCUGAGCCGCUAUCGCCUCCCAGUCGCCACCCGAGAGAACCCUGUUAUCAAUGAUUGCUGCAGGGGCGCUAUGCUUUCCUUGGCCACGGGCCUGGCCCACUCUGGAAGUGACCUGUCUCUGUUAGUCCCAGAAAUCGAAGACAUGUACAGCAGCCCCUACCUGCGCCCCUCGGAGUCUCCCAUCACCGUUGAGGUCAACUGCACCAAUCCAGGCACCCGAUACUGCUGGAUGAGCACGGGCCUCUACAUACCAGGAAGGCAAAUCAUAGAAGUCUCAUUGCCAGAAGCCACUGCCUCUGCUGAUCUGAAGAUACAGAUUGGUUGCCACACGGAUGAUCUGACCAGGGCCAGCAAGCUGUUCCGCGGGCCCCUCGUGAUUAACCGGUGCUGCUUGGACAAACCCACGAAAUCAAUCACCUGCCUCUGGGGUGGACUUCUCUACAUCAUCGUGCCUCAGAACAGCAAGCUGGGUUCUGUACCCAUCACUGUGAAGGGGGCUGUGCGUGCGCCCUACUACAAGCUGGGGGAAACAUCCCAGGAGGAGUGGAAGAGACAAAUCCAGGAGAACCCAGGUCCCUGGGGAGAGCUGGCCACCGACAACAUCAUCCUCACAGUGCCAACAGCCAAUCUGCGUACUCUGGAGAACCCCGAGCCACUGCUCCACCUCUGGGACGAAGUGAUGCAGGCUGUGGCACGGCUGGGUGCUGAGCCAUUUCCUUUGCGUCUGCCCCAGAGGAUUGUGGCUGAUGUACAGAUCUCAGUGGGCUGGAUGCAUGCUGGGUACCCCAUCAUGUGCCAUCUGGAGUCUGUUCAGGAGCUCAUCAACGAGAAGCUCAUAAGAACCAAGGGGCUGUGGGGCCCCGUGCACGAGCUGGGCCGCAACCAGCAGCGGCAGGAGUGGGAAUUCCCACCACACACCACUGAGGCCACCUGCAACCUGUGGUGUGUGUAUGUGCAUGAGACAGUCUUGGGCAUUCCUCGAGGCCGUGCCAAUAUUGCCCUCUGGCCUCCAGUUCGGGAGAAGAGAGUCCGAAUCUACCUGAGCAAGGGGCCUAAUGUGAAGAACUGGAAUGCGUGGACUGCACUAGAAACAUAUUUGCAGCUCCAGGAGGCCUUCGGUUGGGAGCCAUUCAUCCGUCUCUUCACCGAGUACAGGAACCAGACCAACUUACCCACAGACAAUGUCGACAAAAUGAAUCUGUGGGUCAAGAUGUUCUCCCACCAAGUACAGAAGAAUCUGGCUCCGUUCUUUGAGGCCUGGGCCUGGCCUAUCCAGAAGGAAGUGGCUACCAGCCUGGCCUACCUGCCUGAAUGGAAAGAAAAUAUUAUGAAAUUGUACCUUCUCACACAGAUGCCCCACUGAAGCUGACAUCAAGAAAUACAAAAGAAACGAAAAAAACCCAGUCAAGAAAACUGAAGGUGUUUUGUUACCAGUGGAGAAGAUCUCAACACACUUCUGGGAGAAAGAAAAUGGAUGAAGCAUGAAAA